AUGCCUGCUUCAGUAUUCGGAUGUCUUGCUCGACUUGGUUUGGAGGCGCUGGUCACUUACGACGGCCAAAGCAUUUUCACGCUCGCAUGGGUUCAAGUAGUGGGGUGUUUCGUGAUGGGAUUUUGUCUCGAAAUUAAGGAUUCCUUCGGUCAAUUUUAUGGCCCACUAUAUACAGCUUUUACGACUGGAUUUUGUGGGUCUCUCACCACAUUUUCCUCGUGGCAACUUCAAGUAUUUGACGCAUGGAUUAACCCCAGCCAUUAUCAUCGCGAUUGGCUACGUGAUGUCAUAGAUGGCUUGACGCAGAUAGUGUUCACCCUAGCACUAUCGCUCUCCUCCGUGAAAUUUGGUGCACAUAUCGCUAGUCUGCUCCGACCCUUCUUCCAGACUUUACCUUCGCCAAAUCGCCCCUCCCGCUACACUCUGACCGCGCUUUCGGUCCUCAUCUACGCAGCGACCUGCCCUGCCUACUUCCGCCUGCCCGAGUCAUACCGCGUGAAAGCAACCUCCGCGCUUCUCUACUCGUUCCCGGGGACGCUUACACGAUACCUACUCUCGAUCAACCUGAACCCGCGCUUCCACGUCCUCCCUGUGGGGACGUUCGCGGCCAAUAUGCUCGGCACAGCGCUGAUCGCCGUGUUCACCGUCCUGCAGAGCACACGUGGGCCUCCGUCUCCCAACGGCUGCAAUGUCCUUUCCGGGCUGGCGAACGGAUAUUGCGGGUGCCUGACGACGGUCAGCACAUUCGCUGCGGAGGUCGCGACGCUCGAAAAUAAAAAGUCGUGGUUCUACGUCAUGCUGAGCGUUGUAACGGCGCAGUUGCUGCUGCUGGUUAUCCUGGGGCCAUCAUACUGGGCCGGCAACGUAAGCGACCGGACGACCUGUUCUUAUACAUAA